AUGUGGAAUAAUUGGAAGCCGGCUGCACUACUAGGUGCAGUUUCAUCUUUGCUGCUCACAACCAAUGCCGACCAUACUAGUACUAUCAAAUGGAGCAAUUGCAGCUCUACCGCUGCACCACGACUAGAAUGUGGCUCUUUGGACGUCCCAAUCAACUGGAACGAACCCAAUGGCUCACAGACUACUAUAGGCUUUCAACGGCUGAAAGCCUUGAAUGCGACUGCCCGGAUUGGACCGCUAUUCUUCAACCCCGGUGGACCUGGUGGUAUUGCUUCUGCAUUCAUUACCGCCACAGCCCAGGGUGAUCCGAUUCUGGGAGAAAAGCUGAAUGAGUACUUUGACCUGAUCGGGCCAGAUCCACGAGGUAUUGGGAUUAGCACGCCUAUUCUAUGCGAUCCAGAUCUCUGGAACAAGCGCGUGCCAGCGUUUCCCAAGACAGAAUCUGAGUGGCAGGAGCUAGUAGCAUAUAACGAAGAGCUCGGAAAAAGCUGUCGCAAUUUGACUGGGUUGCUGUUUGAACAUGUUGAUACGUUAAGCGUCGCGAAAGAUUUCGAGGCAGUGCGGGUUGCUCUUGGUGGUGAAAAGCUGAAUUUUCUGGGAUUAUCGUAUGGCACACAGCUUGGAGCAACGUAUGCGGAACUAUAUCCGCAGAAUAUACGUGCGAUGGUCUUGGAUGGAAAUAUGGACCAUUCCCAGUCGGAAACGUCCACGUUGGUGGCUGAGUCGAGUACUUACGAGACGGUGCUUAAUCGUUUUGCCGAAUGGUGCACUCGAAACAGUACCUGCGCUCUAUAUGAACGGGAUGUGCUUCAAAUUUUCGACGACCUGGUGGCAACAGCUACUAAAACUCCUAUCUCUGCACCGGCAUGCAAGGUUUCGGGCGCCUGUCGUUCCAAUGUCACUGGCGAUGAUAUCCGCAUAAACGCACAAACCUAUCUUCUCUUCGAAGAAGCCAACGCGGCCUUCGGUCUUCCUGGUUGGACUGCGCUUGGCACAGCGCUGAACGAUUCUCUGAACGGCAAUGCCAGCAUGCUGUCUACGGCUCUUGCAACUGACGAGACAGACAGGAAUUUUCCCGGUCGUGCAGUGUCAUGUCUCGAUUGGACACACGGCACUAAAUCACUAUCCGAACUUUUGUACAAAGAGCAAUUGGGGAAAACAGUAUCCCCGCAUACGCAAGGAGCCACCCAGACUUGGGGCAUCCAGACCAACUGUAUCGGUUGGCCAGCGCCGGUUCAGUACCCACCUCGCUAUUAUGAUGAGAAUAUCAAAAAUGCGCCGCCCAUCUUGAUGGUGAACGCGCUCUAUGAUCCUUCAACCUCUAUUGUCUGGGCCAAUGGUGCGCUUGGCCAGAUCCCGAGUGCGACACUGCUAGUGCGCAGUGGUAAUGGUCAUACCUCGUAUUUGCUGUUCGGCGAGGCAACCUCAGCCAUGCAAGACUAUCUCAUUACGCUUGAAAGACCUGCACCGAAUAGUAUUGUCAAUUCAUGA